AUGACCUCGGCCUGCACCCCUCGUGUUUUCAUAGUCCGCCACGGAGAGACCGAAUGGUCGCUGAACGGACGACACACGGGCUCCACCGAGCUGCCGCUCACGGCCAACGGCGAGCGCAGAAUUAGGGCUACCGGCAAGGCCUUGGUGGGCCACGACCGCCUGAUUGUGCCCAAGAAUUUAGCCCAUAUCUAUGUGUCCCCACGCAAACGCGCCCAGCGCACUCUCGAGCUCCUCUCGCUAGGCUGCGCGGAACGCAUGCCGUGGCAAGAGCCGGAUGAAAGCAACCCCACGAAGGAAAUCCGCACCCAUGCCCACAUCCAGGUGACGGACAAGAUCCGCGAAUGGGACUACGGCGACUACGAGGGCUUGACCAGCGCCCAGAUCCGCGAGCGGCGCGCUGAGCGCAGCGAGGGUCCGUGGGACAUCUGGAGGGAUGGGUGUCCCGGUGGAGAGUCGCCCGAGGACGUAAGUAAGAGACUGGACGAGCUGAUCGAUGAGAUCCGGACGCGCUUUCAUGGGCCGGCGGUCGGCAAGGCCAAGAAGGACGUUGGCCCGCACGACGUGCUUGUCGUGGCUCAUGGACACAUACUGCGCGCCUUUGCUGCGCGGUGGAUUGCGAGGCACGUGUCGGACAACCCGGCGCUGAUCCUAGAAGCCGGUGGUGUGGGAACGUUGAGCUACGAGCACCACUCCAUCGACGAGCCUGCCAUCCUCCUCGGUGGCGCGUUCGUAGUGGACGUUGUCGAGAAAGAGCAAGAGGCGAAAUAG